UGUGGUGUGCGCUCUGCCAAUCGCUGGAGGACAGAGUGGGAACAGGAAUAAGCAGAGUUAGGAGGCCAGGACAAAGAAGUUAAAGAGAGCCUAAUAUAUACAUGUGUUUGAAGGUGGGCAGAGGGAAAAAAAAGUCCCCCCAGUGAGGGUCUAUGGGUCUGAUUGUGCGGUUCUGAUGGAGCCCCCCUUGAGCAAGAGGAACCCGCCAGCGCUGAGAUUAGCGGAUUUGGCAACGGCUCAGGCCAGGCCGCUUCAGAAUAUGACAGGCUUCCCGGCGCUGGCCAGCCCGCCCGCCCACUCCCACCUCCAAGCCACAGCCACGCACCUCCGCCCUCGGGACCUGAGCGCUGACCCCGGCGUGGCCAUGACUCCGCUCGGACCCGAGCACAUGGCUCAGGCGAGCGCGCUCGGCCUCAGCCCUCCCUCCCAGGCGCUCCCGGCACAGCCCGAGGCGCCGGCGGCCGCCGCCCGCGCCGCACUCUCGGUCGCGCACCCCGGCGCCUGCACCUACCCGGGUGGCGGGGGCAGCAGCCGCGCGCAGCCCUCCGCGCCCCCGCCCCCAGCCCCUCCUCUUCCUCCCUCCCCUUCACCCCCUCCUCCUCCCCCUCCCCCUCCUCCUGCCCUCUCGGGCUACACCACCACCGACAGUGGCGGCGGCGGCAGCAGCGGCAAAGGCCACAGCAGGGACUUCGUCCUCCGGAGGGACCUUUCCGCCACGGCCCCCGCGGCGGCCAUGCACGGGGUCCCGCUUGGAGGGGAGCAGCGGUCUGGCACCGGCUCCCCCCAGCACUCGGCCCCGCCUCCCCACUCGGCCGGCAUGUUCAUCUCCGCCAGCGGCACCUACGCGGGCCCGGACGGCAGCGGCGGCGGGGGCCCGGCGCUCUUCCCUGCGCUGCACGACGCUCCGGGAGCCCCCGGCGGCCACACGCACCCGCUCAACGGCCAGAUGCGCCUGGGGCUGGCGGCGGCCGCGGCAGCUGCCGCGGCGGAGCUAUACAGCCGCACGGAGCCUCCCUUCGCGCCGCGCUCCGGGGACGCGCACUACGGGGCGGUGGCGGCGGCUGCUGCCGCCGCCCUGCACGGCUACGGAGCGGUGAACUUAAACCUGAACCUGGCAGCGGCCGCGGCGGCUGCGGCGGCCGGGCCCGGGCCCCACCUGCAGCACCACGCGCCGCCCCCGGCGCCGCCGCCGCCGCCGCCGCCGCCGGCGCCCGCGCAGCACCCGCACCAGCACCACCCCCACCUCCCAGGGGCGGCCGGGGCCUUCCUGCGCUACAUGCGGCAGCCAAUCAAGCAGGAGCUCAUCUGCAAGUGGAUCGACCCGGACGAGCUGGCCGGGCCGCCGCAGCCGCCACCACCGCCCCCGGCCGGCGGCGCCAAGCCCUGCUCCAAAACUUUCGGCACUAUGCACGAGCUGGUGAACCACGUCACGGUGGAGCACGUGGGCGGCCCCGAGCAAAGCAACCACGUCUGCUUUUGGGAGGAAUGUCCGCGCGAGGGCAAGCCCUUCAAGGCCAAAUACAAGCUCAUCAACCACAUCCGCGUGCACACGGGCGAGAAGCCCUUUCCCUGCCCGUUCCCGGGCUGCGGCAAGGUCUUCGCGCGCUCCGAGAACCUCAAGAUCCACAAGCGCACUCAUACAGGGGAAAAGCCUUUCAAAUGUGAAUUUGAUGGCUGUGACAGGAAGUUUGCCAACAGCAGCGAUCGCAAGAAACAUUCCCAUGUCCACACCAGCGACAAGCCCUACUACUGCAAGAUCCGGGGCUGUGACAAGUCCUACACUCACCCCAGCUCUCUGAGGAAACACAUGAAGAUUCACUGCAAGUCCCCCCCGCCUUCUCCAGGAGCCCUUGGUUACUCCUCAGUGGGGACUCCAGUGGGUGCCCCUUUAUCCCCUGUGCUGGACCCAACCCGGAGUCGCUCUAGCACUCUGUCCCCUCAGGUGACCAACCUCAAUGAGUGGUACGUUUGCCAGGCCAGCGGAGCCCCCAGCCACCUUCAUACACCUUCCAGCAAUGGAACCACCUCGGAGUCUGAAGACGAGGAGAUGUAUGGGAACACUGAGGUUGCGCGGACCAUACGUUAGAAUUUACUCGUGAUAAUAAUAAUAAGUCAUAAGUGGGAGUCCUUGGACCAUAUCCUAACCUGAGACAAUGCCGAGCCUGAGACAAACCCUUGACUCAGACUUGCCACCGGGUCUAAUUAGCCCUAUUUAUUCCGUAUGAAACCCUAUGGUGUUUGUACAUUUAAUUAAUUUAAUUAAGAUAUUUGGGUUUUUUCUUUCUUCUUCUUCUUAGAAAACAAACAAA